AUGUCUGAACAAGAGCGUAUACAGGAAUGCCUGAGGAAGGAAAUAAGGUCACUUCUCAUUUCCACCAAAGAUGGUUUGACCCCACAGCAGUUGGAAAAGGAGUACCUUUUGAUGGUUGGCAACCAUUUACCGCUCCGAAUCCUUGGGUAUCGGUCCACCAUGGAGCUGGUGUUGGAUAUGCCUGAUGUUGUCAGUGUCUGCCCCUGUGGGGAUGGCACUGUAAUACUGAAAGCCAUCCCAGAUGAGUCCACCAAAGGAAUAGCAAAUUUAGUUGCAAAACAGAAGAGCAACCAUAAGGUUGGAAAUUCCGUGCAGAAGGGAAGGGCCAGUGUUUGCUCUGGUCCCAGCUCUCGCCAGCGAGUACCUUACCGAGGAAGGGUGCCCCCUAUUCUUCCAGCUGUUGUGAAGAGUGAGUUGAAAGACCUCUUGGCGUUAUCUCCUGUUCUCCUUUCUGAUUUUGAAAAGGCGUUUGCCAAUCGAUUUGGACGAUCAUUCCAGUAUGUGCAGUAUGGCUUCCUUUCUAUGUUCGAAGUGCUGAAUGCCGCUUCAGAUGUUAUUUCUGUGGAGCAGACCAGAGCAGGUUCUUUGUUGACGCUGAAGAAGAGUGUAUCAGAGGAAAAGCAGAGAGGAUGGCCUGCAGGUAAGCACAUUAGUAAAGGUAAGAUUUUCACCCAACCUUUUAGAAUGAAGCAACAAGGGUCAUGUCCCAUAGGCUUCCCAGUAGCAAAGGCAUGCUUUUCACAACCCGCUUCAAACAUGGAACCACCGAAGCAAAUACUGGGCAUGGAAAGGAAUACUAGAUCAAAUGUAAUGGAGACUUCAAGGCUGAAUCAGAGUGAAAAAUUAAACCAGAUAAAUACCGAGAGGUUGCAGGAUGAUAUAUAUGGAUACAUAGCAAAUAAUAAGUCAUUAGCAAAAAAACAUAAAGCAAUGUAUACAUUAAAAUGAUUCACUCAGUCUCCAAUGGUCUGUUGUCUUUUUAAUGAAUCUUUAAUUUUUAAAGAGCAACUUUCACCCAAAAAACUGGGCUUCUUAAAUGUAAUAGAGCUUGUUGGAGCACUUAGUGACAUUCUCCAUGUUGAGUUCAGGGAAGGACAACAAGACUUGCUGGUGUUUGAUGCUGAUAUGAAGCCUCUAGCAUCUGUUCAAUCAGAUAAGAAAAUAGAAGCCAAAGCUUGUGUGUCCAGUCCCCCUAGAAAUUCACUGUCUACUGCUAUUAUCAAGGAGACUACUUGGGAUUGCCCUUCAAAAAACCAUAAGGAACCAGAACAGAAGAUUUUCAAGAAGCCUAAUCUGGUGGUAAAACCUUUGCAGCUGCAAGUAGAAAUUAACAAAUCCCAGCUCAACUUGGCAAUGGCAAAUCAUGACAUCCCACCAGAUGCUGUGCGGGACAAGAAGUUAUGCAGACUGCCCCCAUUAGAUACCAGUACCCUCGUGGGUGUCUUUGUGGAGUAUAUCAUCUCUCCUAGUCAAUUCUACAUCCGAAUCUACAGCAGGGAUUCAUCAGAGUUACUUGAGGACAUGAUGAUUGAAAUGCGGCGCUGUUAUUCUAAUCAGUUGGUUUCUGAUCGAUAUGCCAUGCCAGAGUGUUUUAUCCAGCCAGGACAUCUCUGUUGUGUAAGGAUUUCUGAGGAUAAGUGGUGGUAUCGGGUCAUUAUCCAUCGAAUUCUCGGGAGACAGGAAGUUGAAGUGUUCUAUCCAGAUUUUGGAAACAUUGGAACUGUUCAGAAGUCUUCCCUGAGGUUCCUCAAGUGCUGUUACACCAAGCUUCCUGCUCAGGCGAUCCCUUGUUCUUUGGCGUGGGUGAGACCGGUAGAGGAACAUUGGACACCCAGAGCUAUUUUGCAGUUCCAGAAGUUGUGUGGUUUGAAGCCAUUAGUAGGGGUAGUGGAUGAAUAUGUAGAUGGGAUCCUGAACAUUUUCCUGUGUGAUACGUCCUCAAAUGAAGAUGUCUAUUUCCACCAUGUUUUGAGGACAGAGGGUCAUGCUAUUGUAUGCCGAGAAAAUGUCCCUUCUAAGGGUUUCAGAGACCUCAACCCUUUAGCUUUAUACACUAAAUCCAGUGUGAGGCCUGAGGACAUUGUCCUGAAAGAGCUGGGCUAUUCUUCCCAGCAGCACUAUUUUAAUGAAGACCGAGAGAUCAGUCCACAAUCAAAAGAGAGUGACUUAUAUACCCUGGAUGAGAUCCCCACUGGAAUGCCUUGCCUGGAGUCAGUAACCAUAGGUGAUGAUAUUUGGGAUGAGAACUGGUUACCUUUGCAGGCUAAAAUGGGAAAAGAAAGUGAUGCUGCCUCUCACUUAUUUACCUCAAGCCUUGGUGGAAAGAAACCAUAUUCAUCACGUAAAGAAUUGCCACAGAAGGAUUGGUGUUUUUCUACACCCAAAGAUAUAUGGGAUGAUUCAUGGCAGCCUUCAGGCCUUGUGAAUGGAAUGAAAGAAGUUCAAAUACCAGAAGGACUGGGUGGUCAAGAGAAACAUAUUGACACAACCAGGGUUCAGAAGCAACCAAAUGUAAAGAGUGCCUCCGAUUCUCCCAUGUUGCCCAAACUAGAGGAGUUCUACAUCUCUCUUAUCCAGUCACAGCAGUCAGCAGAAAGCAGCCAGUUUGAGCCUAGCAGCAUUCAGACUCCACCAAAACAAAUCCAGCUGUCCUCAACUCCUGCAUUGGUCACUUCUGGGUCAGUGGAAGGCUCCCCAAAGAGCCUAGAGAAUGAAGAUUUUUCUAGUAGCUCUGCUAUUACAGUGUUCAAAGAUACAAGUCAGGGAGCCGUGGACCAGCUCUCUUUGAUUUUGUCUCCUGAGCACCAGAUUUCCCAGAAGCUCUACAUUCCUCGAAGCACAGCCACUGCUGCCUUAGGAGCUGCUGCAAGGCUCGCCACAUCCAAGAGCCUCCUGCACUGGUACCCCAGUGUGAAAAAGGUGGAGACAUGA